UUUAAAGGGUGCCUCGGGAUUGUCCAUAAAUGUAAAGGGUGCCUCGGGAUUGUCCAUAAAUUUAAAGGGUGCCUCGGGAUUGUCCAUAAAUUUAAAGGGUGCCUCGGGAUUGUCCAUAAUUUUAAAGGAUGCCUUGGGACUGUCCAUAAAUUUAAAGGGUGCUGUGGGACUGUCCAUAAUUUUAAAGGGUGCCUCGGGAUUGUCCAUAAAUGUAAAGGGUGCCUCGGGAUUGUCCAUAAUUUUAAGGGGUGCCUCGGGAUUGUCCAUAAUUUUAAAGGGUGCCUCAGGAUUGUCCAUAAUUUUAAAGGGUGCCGUGGGACUGUCCAUAAUUUUAAAGGAUGUCUCGGGAUUGUCCAUAAAUUUAAAGGGUGCUGCGGGACUGUCCAUAAUUUUAAAGGGUGCCUCGGGACUGUCCAUAAUUUUAAAGGAUGCCUCGGGACUGUCCAUAAAUUUAAAGGGUGCCACGGGACUGUCCAUAAUUUUAAAGGGUGCCGCGGGAUUGUCCAUAAUUUUAAAGGGUGCCGCGGGAUUGUCCAUAAUUUUAAAGGGUGCCUCGGCAUUGUCCAUAAAUGUAAAGGGUGCCUCGGGAUUGUCCAUAAAUGUAAAGGAUGCCUCGGGAUUGUCCAUAAUUUUAAGGGUGCCUUGACUGAAAAAAGGUUGAGAACCACUGGUCUUACCAUUACAAAUUGGCCCUUGUCAAAGUCACUA